AUGGGUAUAAUUCAUGCCCUCGAGCAUUUCAUUGCGAGACUAUUUUCAAAACUUGGUCUCUCCAUUGGACAACGUCCGGUCACUGUCAUUUGUGGUGCUUUCAUCGUGACGCUCUUUCUAAGUGUGGGAUUGUUGAAUUUCGAUGAAAUUAACAACGUUCGAACCGAAUAUUCACCACUGAAUGCGCCAAGUCGAGUGGAGUACGCAGUCGCGAAAGAUUUUUUGGGGCAGAAUGGUACCCUUGAUCCAACCUAUGUGAUGGUGCGAGCACGUGAUGGUGGUUCAUUACUGCGUGACGAAUAUCGAUUGGGUUUGAUCAAUCUGACAAAACGACUGCAAAGUAACGUCACGGUUAAGUACAAAGGACAUUGGUACGAUUACACGGAUCUGUGUGAGCCAUACUGCGAGAUGAACACCGCAUUUUUGGCUUUCUUGAGACUCUACGAUCCUGGGAAUCCAACAACUUCAACUUAUCCGGCAAUUGAACUAUUCGGCACGCAGGCAUUCAUUGGUAAUAACGCGUAUGGGAUAAAGUUGAAAGAGAAUAGUAAAAAUAUAGAGUCGUUCACCACAGCCAUAUUACCCUUCUUUGUGGUGGCUCCCGAUGAAUUCAGGCCACUUCUUUACCAGUGGCAGCUGGAGGCGGAUCGAUGUUUCAAAGAUGAAGAAUAUUCCAUUUUUAAGGUUCUUUGUUUCAUCAUUCGACAGAAACAAACGCCCGCUUGUGUCUCUCAUGAGGCAACUUUUCGCAUUUUUUGGGAGCGAAGUUUCGAAGAGGUUGGUAUAACUGGCGAUAGUCUGGUAUCUGAAGAGGUUCGUCGGAUGGGUAUGGAAACUGCUCCAAUUUUGUUCUGUUCAGUUGCGGUAAUGGUCAUUUUUGUGGUCGCUUGUUCAUUCCGUGCUAAUCCAAUCAAAAGUAAGCCAUGGGAAUCUCUGAUCGGUUGCUUAAUUCCGGUACUGGCAAUGAUCACGUCAACGGCCGUAAUCUCAUCAAUGGGUAUCAAGUUCCAAUCGAUCGUCGUCGCAUCGUUAUUCUUGGUAUUAUCGGUCGGUGUUGACGAUGUGUUCAUCAUUCUACGGGGUUGGGAUCGUACUGAUAUGAAACUAGAUGUACCGUUGCGAUUAUCGAAAACACUUGAAGAAGCCGGCCCUUCAAUCACAAUUAGUUCCUUAACGAAUGCCUUAUCGUUCGCGAUCGGAAUUCUCUCGUCAACACCAGCCGUUCGAACAUUCUCGAUAUACUCAUGCAUCGCCAUAAUUACUUGCUACUUCUAUCAGCUCGUCCUUUUCACGGCCGUUCUCGCACUAAGUGGACAUCGUGAAAAACAUGGCUUUCAGUCGUUGUUAUGUUGUUUCAAAGCCAAUCCACGGGCACACAGUUGUACGGUGGAGAAUGCGAAUGAUUUACAAACGGUAAUUAUUAAGAAAUGGUCUGCCAUAAUCUCAUCUUGGUCAGCCAGGAUUGUGCUUGCCAUGGUAAUGACUCUCUAUUAUUACAUAUCAAUAACUGGUAUUCAGCAACUGCACGCUCAUAUUUCAAUUGAUAAAAUGGCAUUACCUGACUCGUAUCUACGCGAUUUUCAAGAAGCUUAUGAAACGGCACUUCGCAAUAUGCAACCGAUUACGGUGUUUGUCAUGAAACCUGGCGAUUUACGGGAUCCAGCUCGCAUGAAAGCUAUCAAAUCGUUGGUUUACGAAUUCGAACACAGCGUUUUCAGUUAUGGUAAUGAGUCAACAUUCUUCUGGUUACAGCAAUACGAAGACUUCCUGAGAUUUUAUGGUGAAACUGACGAUUUCGUGUAUACCGAAAUUCCGACAUUCUUCAAAUCGGCGACAUAUUUCUUCUUGAGUUCAUUCGUAAGAAUGAAUGAAACUGCUUGUUACGAGAAUCAGCCGCAGUGUAUCAGUGCAUUCUUCUUCGUCACCAAUUUCCAUGAGAUCGUUAAGUAUCACGAAAUGAUUCCGGCGGUUGCUGACUGGAGGCGCAUAGCGGCCAAAUAUUCCGAUUACGAAGUGUAUCCGUACAGUGAGCAUUCACCUUUCGUUGACCAGACUCUUUCAAUUCAAGGUACGAUACUAACGAGUGUGGCUGCGGCGCUGUUUUGUACAGCCGCGGCUUGUUUUGUUUUCAUCCCGAAUAUGACCACAAUAGGAUGUGCCGUGUUUUCGGUGUUCAGUAUAAGCACGGGUGUUUUUGGCUUGUUGUCACACUGGAGUGUCGACUUGGAUCCAUUGUCAAUGGCUGCCCUGCUGAUGGCCAUCGGCUGUUCGGUGGACUUUACGGCGCAUAUCAGCUAUCAUUACUACAAAGCCAUUGCCAAGAAUUCUCGAGAUCGUCUCGAAGAAGCGCUGACCGCAAUCGGUUGGCCAAUGAUUCAAGUUGGCCUCUCAACAGUGGUAGCUCUCUUGCCGCUUCUCUUCAAACAAUCCUAUCUGGCGAUGGUGUUCCUCAAGACUAUUGUCGUUGUUGUUGUGCUUGGUGUUUCACAUGGCCUUAUUGUUUUGCCAGCCAUUCUUACGAUGAUCACAUCUCGGAUUAUUGAAUCUGAAAAGAAGAGUAUGCAGUCGUCAUCAUCAGAGCGCAGCUCACAAGGAUCACAUUCACGGAACGAUAGUUUUUAUAAGACAAAGAAACUUGUCAGCAAAAUCAACCAACAUUUCUCCUCGACACUCUCUUCACAGUCGCUGUCAGUCGGAGACGACAAGGCAAAACGAAAAGCAACCGAGAUGAACAAUAAUACUGUCGCCCCCGUAUCCACACUGGAUAUCCUACCGCACGGUCCUACGGCAUUUAUCCAUCGAAUUCAACUCGGAAGAACCACAUCGAUUUCAGAAUAA